AAUAACAUAAGUGUAGUUAUCAUCUAAAAUAAUGGAGAUACAAAAUAUAAUAUCUACAUAAAGUUGUGAAUGAAAUCAAAGUUACUAGAUUUGAACAUGGCGCAGUUGUGCUUGUAUACUUCAAUCCUCUGCUGUCUGCUUCAUUCCAUCCCCUUUCUGAGUUUAACAGUUGGAGCAGUUGACGAGUGCAGUCUUUUACCAUAUCAAACGCUGGUUAUUGGGCAGACUUUGAUCUCUCAAAACCAAGUUUUUGAAAUGGGUUUCUUCUCACCUGGAAAAUCUUCAAAUAGAUUCUUGGGCAUAUGGUACAAGAGCACACCAGAAGCAGUAGUCUGGGUUGCAAACAGAAACCAUCCCAUCACUGCUUCACAACCACCACUUUUCAUGAUUUCCAGAAAUGGAAGUCUUGUGAUUAGCAGUGGCAAAAGCAUUAUAUGGCUGGCGAAUUCAUCAGUGGUGGCAACAAAUCCUGUUUUGCAGCUCCUGGAUUCUGGAAAUUUAGUUCUUUUAAACAACAACACAAGCACGACGGAGGGCUACAUAUGGCAGAGUUUCGAUUAUCCAACUGACACCAUGUUACCAGGAAUGAAGAUGGUGGAUGAUGUUGAUGCUGGUGUUGAGAGGUAUCUUACAUCAUGGAGAAGUCCGGACGAUCCAUCUCCUGGUGAAUAUGUUCACAGGAUCCAAAACCGGGGCUUGGCUGAGGUGGUGACUCUAAGAGGUGCAACCAAAAGAUAUCGAGUGGGACAGUGGAAUGGGAUGCAUUUUUGUGGUGGCGCACCCUUUCCCAAUUCCAUUUUCAAAGUAGAUUUGGUUUUCAAGCAAGAGAGGUUAAUAUCCAUUGGAGAGGUCUACGAGAGCUCACUUCUGGUAAGAACUAUUUUAGACACAUCUGGUACGAUCCUGCGCCAUACCAUGAAUGCCAGAAAAGACAAGUGGAAUCUUGCCAUCACGUUUCCUCAAGAAUUGUGCGAUGAGUAUGGUAGUUGUGGUCCUAACGGCAUCUGCAGAUCCGACAGGCCAGUUAGAUGCCAGUGUUUUAAAGGUUUCGCCCCAAAGUUCCAAAAGGAUUGGGACCUUCAAGAUUGGUCGGGUGGAUGUAAUAGGACUAAACUACUGAAUUGUGAUGGUGGAGACGGAUUUCAAGAGAUUAGAGGAGUGAAGUAUCCUGAUAUGUUGAGAUUUUGGUUAAACACAACAAUGAGCCUUGGUGAGUGCAAAGCUGAGUGCUUUAAAAACUGUAGUUGCACUGCAUAUGCUAAUCCGUUCAUUACAAACGGAGGCAGCGGCUGCUUGAUGUGGUUUGGUGAUCUCAUUGAUACCAAAGGACUUUCUGCAGCAGAUAGUAAGCAGAACAUCUAUAUCCGUGUGCCACUUUCUGAACUAGAUUCUAGCAGAGGUUUAGAGGAGGAGGUGAAUAAAAGGCCUACUAAAUUCAUACUGGUAUCAAUUGCUUCUGGUGUUCUCGUCUCAGCCAUUAUCAAUGGAGCUGUACUUUUUAUGUCAAGACGGAAGGGGCAAGGUAACAAUUGAACUUCUGUAGUUGACUGCAUUGGGAAACAGAGUUUAUUCAUAUUCAAAGUAUAAACUCAAGCUAACGCUGAAGCAUUUAUUCUUUUUUGCUCUCACUUUUUAGCAGUAAAA